ACAUUCACUCUGGUGGGAAGAGCCACCUCCUUCACCCUUUCCACUUGGGAACUGUGUCACUGCUGGGGAUGGCACCACAUGGACACAGAGCAAGGGUCAGCAGCCUGGCAGUGAGGCACUAGCUGAGCCUGAGCACUGCCCCAGGGCACAGAGCUGCCCGGGGGUGCCAGCAUCCCAGCACAGACGCACUCCGGGGAUGUAGGUGCAGGGCGCGGGAGGAGCUCCGGCACGAUGGGCCGGCUGGACGACCAUGCCAAGAGGAGAAUCGUGGAGCUGCGCAGGGCCGGGCUGAGCUUCCGCAAGAUCAAGAAGGUGCUGGAGCUGGAUGACAUCCGAGUGACGCCGCAGGCCGUGUACCUCUUCCUCAAGAGGAAGAGUGUGGAGCCGGGGUCAGCAGCAGCUGGCUGGGAUGGGGACCAGCCCUGGCAGGGGCACGAGGCUGAGCUCCCCAGGCUGCUGGGCACCCAGCACCCUGCACUGCCCACCGGGGAUCCUGUGGGCAGCCAGGACACCAAGGAAGGCAUCCAGAUUGUCAGCGUGGCCUCACUCUGCAAGGAUGGUGGGCAGCUUGGGGACACUUUGGCUAUGGGGCUGGCCCCUGGGAAUGGUGAUGACAGCUCCACAGGCACAGCCCUGGCUCCAGGGACUGCUCUGAGGGGCCUUGCCCCCCUGCCCCAGACACUGCCCAGCCGAGGGCAGCUGGUCACACCUCCCACCCAGAACUCAGCUCUGAUGGUGAAAAAGAAGACAGUGGACAGGGCUGUCCUUCUGCAGAAAAAGGUCAAAGAUGCCAGCACUCAGACUGCCUUGCCAGACUCUGUAGGUCUGGGCAAUCACAGCCUUGCUUGCAGCGGAGCAGUGCCCCCCGCUGCUCCCAGCUGCCCUGCCAUCACUGAGAAGCUGGAUGCUGUGCAGCUGGAGGUGCAGAAGCUGAGCCAGGCCCUGCAUGCGGUGCUGGAGCGGCAGUGCCACCUGGAGCGCCAGCAGGAGCAGCAGCAGCGGCUGCAGCAGGAGGUGCUGGUGACACUGCAGCAGCUCAGCUCCACCGUGAGCCACAGCACUGUGCCUGCCACCCAGCCCUGUGGGCCCUUCAGCAGCGUGGCCGAGCCCUCGCCCAGCAUGCCAAACUUCAGCCAGUUCAAGAUGGAGCUGAUCUGAGCUCCCACAAGGCCUGUGUGUGCCAGCAGUCCUGGGCUAAUGGAGCCAGGAGGAAGAACCAUCUCCCAGAGGCUGCCCAAGGAUUACAUGCAGCGCCCAGCAGAUAAGGUUCCUCCCUGGUGCCUCAUCUUCCCAGCCCUGCUGACUGGAAGGGGCUGCCUGGCACAAGAGGCUGGACGGUGGAAGGCUGAGGCCUUGCUCCUCACGUGCUGCUGAUCCUGGCUGGCACUGGGGCUGGCUGGGGCCCAUGGACCUCUGGAGAAUGCAGUUGCCUGCAAGGAGAAGAUGCAGCUAACAUGGACACAGCAGGGAGGUGGGGCUCCAGGGAUACAGGGUGCUACCUUCUCUUAUGGGUCAAUGCCACAAUGAUCAAUCUUGCCCUUCCCUCCACAGGAGCUUGUUCAGUAAAAAUCUGUCUACGCCACA